GUUUAACUGGAGCAGGUGUCCUUGAAGGGCCCGCUUACAUUUGUACGUUAACUUCCAGCCAUGUCGAACAGGAGUGCUCUAUUUGCAAGGCCUCAGCAGUCCCAGACGAGACAUUUACUGCAAUUUAAGGCGGGAAAAAUGACGAUAGGAGACGAUAAUUGGGUUCAUGCAGACCCUCGUAAAGGGUGGGUAUAUGUAUACCAGUCAGGAGAUGGAAAGCUGCAUUUUUGUUGGAUCGACCGAAAAACAUGUCUUGUCGAAGAUAAUUUUAUACUUCAUGCGAAGCAAGCCGAAUUUAAAAAAAUCCCUCAGUGUACAACAGGAAGAGUCUACCUUCUAAAGUUCAAAGGCCCCAAACAUUUUUUCAUUUGGAUGCAAGAACCUAAUGGCAAAAAUGAUAGUGAUAUAUGCACACGGAUAAACGACUACAUUAAAUCCCCACCCGCCCAGAACACAGCUUUACCAAAUGAUUGGCUUAGUCGUUUUGAAGGAUUGAAUCAGCUUUCUCAGAAUGAUCUGCUGGCGUUGUUAUCUAUGGGUGUUGGUCUUGGAAGUGGGUUGUCUUCGGAAUCUGAUGUAUCUUCUGCCCAAGCAACUGCUGUGACUAUUGGACGUCAUUUGAAUACAGGACACUUAGAUGAAUCUGUUACACCGCUCGUUGGAACUGCUACUGUAACACCAUCUUCAGUAGCCCCAUCCGUUGGCAGUAACGCUCCACACUCAAAUACAACAACUGAUAAACGGCCUGAAACCGGCAAAAUACAACUUCAAGACUUACGAAAUAUUCUCUCGUCGAUUUCUACUGGGAUACUAAAUCCAUCGAAUGAUGCGAAGGUUGAAUUAAGUGAUGUUUUGAACAUGGAAAGUUUGCACAGCCUUUUGAACAAACCAGAGAUUCGAGAAAGAUUACUACCUCACCUUCCUCCUUUGGAUCCAGAAUCCUCAUGUACAAAUGACCUGGAAAAUCUGACUACAAACAUACAGUCAUCUCAGUUCAAAGCCACUUUAAAAUCCUUCUCAGCUGCUUUCCGAACUGGUGAACUAGCUCCAGUUUUAGCUCAGUUCAAUUUAGGUUCAAAAGCAGACGAGGCUUCACGGCGUGGUGAUUUGGUGGCGUUUUCAAAUGCAUUGCAAGGGAAUGCGACUGCUGCAAUUCAAUCACCAGACUGUAGCAACACUGCUACGACUGAAGAUACAGUUGGAGGCACGACUUCUCACGACCCAGCCAAAGGAAAAUUGGCGAAAGAAGCAGAAGAGCCAACUGUUACUGAUUCUAAAGUUGACGAAAAAAGUGAAUCUCCUGAUGAAAGUAAAAUGGACACUGACUGAUUGAUAUCAAGCCCUUGUUAACCGAAAUUUUAUUUUAUAUACUCACCGCACUGCAUUACACCGGCUGCUUGGGGUUUCCUAAAAGUACAUAUGACCGAUAAGAAUUUCUGGUGUUUAUCAGUUGUUGACGACUUUUUUAACCUUAUGCGAAUGUCAGAUCUAUUCUAUAUUGUCUGCUUUUCUGUGCAUAUUCAAAGCAGUCUUUUACCACCCUUUUUUUUUACUCUUGACACACACAUACACAGCCUAAUACCGAUUUCUUCAGGAAUCCAUAAAACUGAAGGUGGUCUACUUAUAACUCGUUUGAAUUUUUUCUUUCUUUUCCUGUUAAUAUUAACAUUUAAAAUUUUUUAGUAACGCCCCCGUCACACACCUUAGCAAUUCUUAAUUUUAGAAUAUCUUCCCAAGAAAAGCGAAUUUUGUUUGGGUCGAAGGUGAAAAAAGUCUCAAAUGACCUACUAAUUAUGAUAUGUUUUCUCUAGGUUUUCUUCGUGCCUAUUUCGAUCACCAAUGUAACAGUUUACAAGGUAAUCGGAUGAAGAUAAGUAAGAAUUCUGCAAAUAAAGGAAGCUUAAAUCAAA